AACAGAGAAUGAAGACUGUGAGAGCAGCAGAGGGGAUUGAGGGUCCUCGAGGAGCCAGUGAAAAGAAGACUCAUUAAGAACUCUGCUGCCCUCCAGCCCUGACCCACGGAUGAGCCUGCAUGGUGUCCUGGGGGAGAUGUGCUAUGGGGACAGGGGCAGCGUAGCAUCCCGUGGAUCGGAUGCCCUAACCGGUUACGAGACUCUGGAUGCCCCACCACACUAUGACUUCUACGCCAAUACAGAGGUGUGGGGCCGACGGAGGCGCUUCAGGCCAUCACUGUACCAGCUGCAUGCCAACCCUGAGGAUGACUCCAAGCCUCCCUUGUAUGAGGAAACCACAGGUGUACAGAUGGAAGGAGGAGAUAGCUCCGAUGAUGACAAAGAGGAGCAAAAGGAGCCACCACCUGAACCUCCUCGCUUUGGCUGGGUACAGGGAGUCAUGAUCCGUUGCAUGUUAAACAUCUGGGGGGUGAUCUUGUACCUGAGGCUGCCUUGGAUCACUGCUCAAGCUGGUAUAGGUAUGACCUGGGUGAUUAUCCUGCUAUCCUCUUGUAUAACUGGGAUCACUGGUCUCUCUACCUCAGCCAUUGCUACCAACGGCAAAGUCAAAGGAGGUGGGACCUAUUUCCUAAUCAGCCGUAGCCUUGGUCCAGAGCUGGGUGGGUCAAUCGGUCUGAUCUUUGCUUUUGCUAAUGCUGUUGCUGUGGCCAUGCACACUGUGGGCUUUGCUGAGACUGUUUCAGACCUCAUGCAUGAACACGGAGCUGUCAUGGUGGACCGAACCAACGACAUCCGUAUCAUCGGCAUCAUCACUGUCACAUGUCUACUAGGCAUCUCAAUGGCUGGCAUGGCAUGGGAGUCAAAGGCCCAAGUUCUGUUCUUCCUGGUCAUCAUGGUGUCAUUUGCCAGUUACAUCGUUGGAACAAUCAUUCCUGCUUCACCAGAGAAACAAGCCAAGGGUUUCUUUAGCUACAAAGCGGACAUCUUUGCUGCCAAUUUUGUGCCCAACUGGCGGGGACCAGAGGGCAGCUUCUUUGGCAUGUUCUCCAUUUUCUUCCCCUCGGCCACUGGUAUCCUGGCAGGCGCUAACAUCUCCGGUGAUCUGAAGAAUCCAACUGUGGCCAUCCCCAGAGGAACACUGAUGGCUAUAUUUUGGACCACCAUCUCCUACCUCAUCAUCUCUGCUACCAUUGGAUCCUGCGUAAUACGGGAUGCGUCCGGCCUGUUAAACAACACCCUGUCUUCCUCCUCAUCCAUCGAGGAUUGUGUUGGUUUAUCUUGUCAAUAUGGAUGGGACUUCACUGAGUGUAUCAAAAAUGCCACAUGCACUUUUGGCAUCAGUAACUACUAUCAGUCAAUGAGCAUGGUGUCAGCCUUCGCCCCCCUUAUCACCGCCGGUAUAUUUGGUGCAACACUGUCCUCUGCUUUGGCCUGCCUGGUGUCUGCCCCCAAAGUGUUCCAGUGUCUGUGUAAGGACAAGCUCUAUCCUCUCAUUGGCUUCUUUGGCAAAGGUUACGGCAAGAAUGACGAACCACUGCGAGGCUACUUACUGGCAUACAUCAUCGCUGUUUGCUUCAUCCUCAUUGCUGAGUUGAACACCAUCGCUCCCAUCAUCUCCAACUUCUUCCUCUGCUCCUACUGCCUGAUCAACUUCAGCUGCUUCCAUGCCUCAAUCACCAACUCACCAGGUUGGCGUCCAUCCUUUGGGUUCUACAGUAAGUGGCUCUCGCUGCUGUGUGCUGUGUGUUGUCUGGUGAUCAUGUUCCUACUGAACUGGUGGGCAGCUCUCAUUGCCUUUGGCAUCGUCGUCUUCCUUUUGGGAUACACACUCUACAAGAGGCCCGCUGUGAACUGGGGAUCAUCAAUGCAGGCGAGCUCAUAUAACCUUGCUCUGAACCAGUGUGUGGGUCUCAACCAGGUGGAAGACCAUGUCAAGAACUAUAGACCACAGUGUUUGGUACUCACAGGUUCUCCCAGCAGUCGUCCAGCUCUGGUGGAUUUCGUCAACUGUUUCACAAAGGGUCUCAGUCUCAUGAUGUGUGGCCAGGUGGUCACUGCUGGUUCCACUCAGUCAGUAGUGGAGAAGGCGAGCAGCGACAGUCACAUUACCUGGUUGAACCAAAGGAAGGUGAAGUCUUUCUUCAGAGAUGUGGUGGCUACAGAUCUGCGAUCAGGGGUUAACAUGCUGCUACAGGGGUCAGGUUUAGGUCGUAUCAGACCUAAUGUUCUGCUGAUGGGUUUCAAGAGAGACUGGCGCAGUGACUCACCUGAGGCUGCACACAACUACAUAGGAAUACUGCAUGAUGCAUUCGACCUGCAGUACGGCGUGUGCGUGCUGAGAAUGAGGGAUGGACUGGAUGUCUCUCAUCCAUCUCAAUCACAUGUCAAUCCAGGCUUUGAUGGAGGACUGGACACCAUAAACACUAUAUCUGCUCCUUCCCGCCUUCAAACCAUCACUACAUCUGCUGUAACUAUUGAACCAGGGCCUCAGCCAAGUACAGCGUUUCAGAAAAAGCAAGAAAGGAAGACAAUCGAUGUAUACUGGCUAUCUGAUGAUGGAGGUCUGACCCUGCUGCUGCCCUACCUACUGACUCGGAGGAAGCGCUGGGCCAGAUGUAAGGUUCGAGUGUUUGUAGGAGGAGACACAAACAAGAAGGAGGAGCAGAAAGAGGAGGUGUUGGCAUUGAUCAAGAAGUUCCGUCUUGGUUUCCAUGAUGUUGAAGUGCUUCCUGACAUCUUCCAGAACCCACAGCCUGGAAAUGUUCUUCAGUUUGAGAAUAUGGUGAGUCGCUUCAGGCUGGAGACAAACCCUAAGCAGGAUUCUGAUUCUGGGCCACCGAGAGCACAGGAGGAGCCCUGGAGGAUCAGCGACCAGGAUCUGGAGAGGAACAAGGCCAAGUCCCUCCGUCAGAUCCGUCUAAACGAGAUUCUGCAGGACUACUCCAGAGAAGCGGCACUGAUUGUUAUCACCAUGCCAGUGGGGAGGAGAGGAGUGUGUCCCAGUAUUCUCUACCUGGCGUGGCUGGACUUCUUGUCACGUGAUCUGAGACCUCCAGUCCUAUUGGUCAGAGGAAACCAGGAAAACGUCCUCACCUUCUACUGCCAAUGAAAUGUCUUCUUGAGUUUGAUGUACAGAUAAUGAUCCACACUAUCAUCAUCCUGAACUUUUUAACUGACAUAAGAGUAACUUUUGACAAUUAAUGAUUAUCUCAUUUUGUAAUUAAUGCAUGAUUCCUGUAAUUACUACACUGUAGCCCUUUAAUUCAACGUUGUCAUGAUUUACACAUUUUAGAAUUGCUACAAAAGUGAAUCACUCAUGGGAACAGAUUUAAAUUGAGGCCAUAAUUGAUUGUGAAGACUUUUGUUGUCUAAAUGAUUUGUGAUUUUUUGACAUCAUCUCCAAUUAUGUGCACAUAAAAUGUGUUUGUUUCUUUUUUCCUUAAAUCUAUUGCACAUAUUAAGGCAUUGAGGAGUUACUUUAUUUGAUGUUUAUAACUGUAAAAUGAUAAGAUAAAGAAAGACUUGUAUGAACAAAUGGAAGUCAACUGCCAGACAGGACAGUGAAUGUUAUAUAAAGAGACUGUGUGUAUGAGUGUGUGUGUGUGGGUGUGUGUGUGUGUGUGUGUGUGCUGUUGUAUAUGGUCACCAAUCAACAAGGGCAGAGGCAGUUUCACCCUCUAGCCCACCCCUCCCCUUUCACCUCUUUCAAUCAUUAAUCUGUAUGCUGAUUCUGAGCAGUGUCACAUUGUAUCAGUUGGUAAAGAUUUAGUUUCUGUAUAUUCAAGUAUACUGUAUCUAGAGUUGUUGAAUAAUAAUUAAUCUUUUAAGAAAAUACUA